CAGUGUGUGAGCCACCAGCAGCACCAGGGCAGCCCCUCAGAGUGGUACUCAUCUCGAUGGAGACAUGAAGUGUCCCCAGCUCCUGUUCGUGUGCUGGUGCUCCAGCAUCCUCGCUGUGAGCAGCUGCUUCACAGUUGGUGGAUAUUCCUGUGUGAGUUCCUACUGGAGAGAAAUCGCAUGUGAGUUGAACAUCACCGGUGAUCCUGUGGCACCGUCCGACACCACCUACAGCCUGAAGUUCACACAGACCGUGGGAGGCCACGGAAACAAAUCUUGUCCACUCAUCUUCACUCAGAAUCACACUUACAGUUGUGUCUGCACGGUACUAAAGACGAAAAAAACUUUCGGCCAAAGUCAUCAGUUCACCUUGGAACUGUGUAAGAACUCCAGCUGCCUUUCACUCAUCAAGGGAUUUAUACCUUAUGAACACAUUCAGCUGACACCCCCGGAUAAAGUUGAUGUCCAACAAACACCAGAGGUUUUCAACAUCACCUGGAAAAACAUGUAUGAAGGCCAUAGGUACAUUGGCAAUUACCUCGACUACGAAGUCCUCCUGGAGAAAUCUCCCAACAGGGAGAGCAAGAAACUUUCCACCAGUAAGAACUUUUUAUCGGUUCCACGGAUACAACUUGAAGCCCAUGCUACAUACUGCACUCGAGUGAGGUCCACUGUCUUUGAAUUGCCAGAGUUUGCCACAAAUUGGAGUGAAUGGAGUCCACAGAUAUGCUGGAGAAACGGAGUGCAAGAAGACUCUCUCUCAGAACAAGAAAACAUCAUGAUAACUUUGACCAAAUUUCUGGUGCCGGUGUGCGUGGUUGUGGGAGUUCUGGUAUUUGUGUUCCACAGCCCCGCUGCAAGAAUGAAGAUUAAAACUCUGUCCCACACGCCGUCGCCCGCUCCUUUCUUUAAACCCCUGUUUCAGCAACAUGAAGGAAACCUCAAGGAAUGGCUCUCACCGCAAGGUAAAGGUGCACUACCGUACAAAACCAACGAGAUCUUGAUAAACGAUGCUGUGACCGUUGAACCGAAACCCAAAACCGAGGACCCAGAGGAGAACCAGGACGUCCACAUCACUGCAGUGACACAACUCAUAUUCCCUCAAUGUCCAGCCUCCUACGUGGGCUUACCUGGGCAGCAGGUGGCGCCCCAGCCGAUAACCACGGUCCAUCCUGCAGGGGACACUUCUUACACCCGGCUCCCCGGCUCUGUCUGGGGUUGCAGCAUGGGGGAAGUGCAAGUGACGCCGCCGCCGCCGCCUCAGGACGUCUUCGAGAGCAGCUGCACCGACUCUGGUUGCAGCUGCGACGAACUGACCCCAAGCCCAGAGUGCAGUUUACCAAACAGUCCUGUUGAGGCCAGUUCGCCGCCACGUUACUGUAAAGAUUACUGCAUCCUCAACAAAACAGCAGAGGGCGUGGUUCCUGUUCUAGUGUCCAGAUGAGAGAGGUGCACAGAUAUUCCAUCUGUUCAAAAUGUUAAAACCUGUUCCCUGCUGGCACGGAUCAGAGCGGCUGGUCAUUUCAGGAGAGGGUCCGAAUCAGGCCUUUAUGCAUUUUGCCAAACUAUGUUGUAUUUGUCUUGUUUGUAUUUUAUGUCCUGUUAUACUUGUUGGGCAUUCCUUCCACAUUGAAGCUGAUUACUCUGAACUCUGACGUCUUCUCCGGGGGGGGGGG